AUGUCAGAACAACUCAGACAAACUUUUGUUAACGCCAAGAAAGAGAACAGAAAUGCUCUCGUCACAUUCAUGACCGCAGGUUACCCAACUGUCAAGGACACUGUCCCCAUCCUCAAGGGUUUCCAAGAUGGUGGUGUGGAUAUUAUUGAAUUGGGCAUGCCCUUUUCUGAUCCCAUUGCUGAUGGUCCCACAAUUCAGUUGUCCAACACCAUCGCUUUACAGAACGGUGUUACUUUGCCUCAAACCUUGGAAAUGGUUUCCCAAGCAAGAAAUGAAGGCGUUACCGUACCCAUCAUCCUAAUGGGUUACUACAACCCUAUCCUGAACUAUGGAGAAGAGAGAUUUAUUCAGGACGCUGCCAAAGCUGGUGCCAAUGGUUUCAUUAUCGUCGAUUUGCCACCUGAGGAAGCAUUGAAGGUCAGAAACUACGUCAACGAUAAUGGCUUGAGCUUGAUUCCGCUAGUGGCACCUUCUACAACAGACGAAAGAUUGGAACUGCUAUCCCACAUUGCCGAUUCAUUUGUUUACGUUGUGUCUAGAAUGGGUACUACUGGUGUUCAAAGUUCUGUUGCUAGUGACCUGGAUGAACUUGUCUCCAGAGUCAGGAAAUACACUAAGGAUACUCCUUUGGCCGUUGGGUUCGGUGUUUCCACUAGAGAGCAUUUCCAAUCAGUUGGCAGUGUUUCUGAUGGUGUAGUAAUCGGGUCUAAAAUCGUUACGUUAUGUGGAGAUGCUUCAGAGGGUAAGAGAUACGAUGCUGCUAAGGAAUAUGUAGAAGGAAUCCUGGAUGGUGCCAAGCACAAAGUUUUGUCCAAGGACGAAUUCUUCGCCUCCCAAAAAGAAUCCUUGGAGUCCGCAAACGUCAAGAAAGAAAUAAUAGAUGAAUUUGAUGAGAACCACAAGCAUCCUAUCAGAUUUGGCGAUUUUGGAGGUCAGUAUGUUCCAGAAGCUCUUCAUGCCUGUCUAAGAGAGCUAGAAAAAGGUUUUGAUGAGGCUGUCGCUGAUCCCACGUUCUGGGAAGACUUUAAAUCAUUAUACUCCUAUAUUGGCCGUCCUUCCUCACUACACAAAGCUGAAAGAUUAACUGAAUAUUGUAAGGGUGCCCAAAUCUGGUUAAAGAGAGAAGAUCUUAACCAUACCGGGUCCCACAAGAUCAAUAAUGCUUUAGCACAAGUUUUGCUAGCUAAGAGAUUAGGUAAGAAGAAUAUUAUCGCUGAAACUGGUGCUGGUCAACAUGGUGUUGCCACUGCCACUGCGUGUGCUAAGUUUGGUCUAGCCUGCACUGUAUUCAUGGGUGCAGAAGAUGUUCGUCGUCAAGCCUUGAACGUCUUUAGAAUGAGAAUUCUUGGUGCUAACGUGAUUGCUGUUACCAACGGUACGAAGACUUUAAGAGACGCCACUUCAGAGGCAUUUAGAUUUUGGGUUACUAACCUGAAAAGCACUUACUACGUUGUCGGUUCUGCCAUUGGGCCUCACCCAUAUCCAACCUUGGUCAGAACUUUCCAAAGUGUCAUUGGUAAGGAAACUAAGGAACAAUUCGCUGCCAUGAACAAUGGCAAAUUACCUGACGCUGUUGUUGCAUGUGUUGGUGGUGGUUCCAACUCUACAGGUAUGUUUUCUCCUUUUGAGCAUGAUACUUCCGUUAAGCUAUUGGGUGUAGAAGCUGGUGGUGAUGGUAUAGAUACAGACUUCCACUCUGCUACUCUUACCGUUGGUAGACCUGGUGUCUUCCAUGGUGUCAAGACUUAUGUCUUGCAAGACAAUGACGGUCAAGUACAUGACACUCACUCUGUUUCCGCUGGGUUAGACUAUCCAGGUGUUGGUCCAGAACUAGCUUAUUGGAAAUCAACAGGGCGUGCUCAAUUCAUUGCAGCUACUGACGCUCAGGCCCUGCUUGGUUUCAAGUUACUGUCUCAAUUAGAAGGUAUUAUUCCUGCUUUGGAAUCCUCUCACGCUGUUUAUGGUGCUUGUCAAUUAGCCAAGACGAUGAAACCCGAUCAGCAUUUGGUUAUCAAUAUUUCUGGUAGAGGUGAUAAAGAUGUCCAAAGUGUCGCUGAAGUUCUGCCAAAGUUAGGUCCAAAGAUUGACUGGGAUUUAAGAUUCGAAGAAGACCCAUCUGCUUAA